GUUGCCCAAGACCGUGAAGGUUGGAGCAGUGCACCUGGGCUUAAACACAGGGAAACCGCGCACUUCCUCGUUCUGUUUCCUCCUCGUCUAAAGGGCUGUUGGCCACGCGUGGCUCAGUUGCCUGUUGUCCCACGUGCUCUAAUAACGGGACAGUGGAGCUGAGGGCACCCACUCUCAGCCUCACUCCCCAACAGCAAAGCAGAUCUAAGACUUGUCUUCUCUUUCUAGGUAACAGUAUGACCAAAUACAUUGAGAAGCUAGAAGACAUUAAAAAAAACUAUAGAUACAAAAAAGAUGAACUUUUCAAGAGACUAAAAGUUACUACUUUUGCCCAGCUGGUCAUUCAAGUUGCUUCCCUGUCAGAUCAAACACUGGAAGUGACAGCUGAGGAGAUUCAAAGGCUGGAAGACAAUGAUUCUGAAACUUCAGAGGCUGAUGCUGAAAUCGCUGCCAAGACCAAUGGGAAAGGGAGCCCGGGGGAAAAAUCACCCAGUCCUGUCCAGUUCAUCGACAGCUCGGCAGCCGGGGAUUCCAGCCGCUCCACUCUGCAGAGCGUCAUCAGUGGCGUGGGGGAACUGGAUGUAGACAAAGGGCUCGUGAAGAAAGAAGAACCUAGAGGCAAAGACAAGCCUUAUCCGGACUGCCCCUUCCUGCUGCUGGAUGUGCGCGACCGAGACUCUUAUCAGCAGUGUCACAUUGUCGGGGCUUACAGUUACCCAAUCGCAACUCUAUCCAGGACAAUGAACCCCUACUCAAAUGAUAUUCUUGAGUAUAAAAACGCUCGUGGCAAGAUCAUCAUUUUAUACGAUGGCGACGAGAGGCUGGCCAGCCAGGCGGCCACCACCAUGUGUGAGCGCGGCUUUGAAAACCUCUUCAUGCUCUCUGGGGGUCUGAAAGUCUUAGCUCAGAAGUUCCCAGAAGGACUGGUCACUGGUUCCCUGCCAGCCUCUUGCCAGCAGCCCCGGAAACGAUCCAGCCCCAAAACGCCACCCCUACCGGCCGAGAACAAGUGGAGAUUUACCCCAGAAGACUUAAAAAAGAUAGAAUGUUACCUCGAAGCAGACCAGGGACCAGCUGACAAGCCUAGCCGACUGAACCAGAAUAACUCUGCCGGAAGAGACUCAAAGGUGCCUGCUGGUCGCGGUGCCCAGAACCUGCCCACUGGGGGUCCUGCUGGCCACUCGAACUCCCGCACACUCAACAGUGGCCACCUGCAAGGCAAACCCUGGAAGUGAAGACCUGUGUUGUUUAGUCAAAUAAAUGUCCCCUCCUUUCAGAACCCCCAGCACUCCCAACUUGGUCAUUUUCAGAACUGCCGUAGAGAAAUGGCCGCGCUACAUGGGCCAAAGCAGGCCCACUUCUCCCUGUCUGCAG